GGCCUUGAUCAUCCGGUUUUUGCUGGGAAGGGAAUGGAGCGAAUAUGGCUGAAGGCGAUUCGGGUGUCUCGUUGUUCAGUGGGAUGAGCAGCGGACAGGUCCCAGUCCCUAACAGUGGUGGCUGCAACUUUCCAGAGUAUGAGAUUCCCGAAAUAAACACGCGUGCUUUCCACGUGGGCACCUUCGGGGAGCAGUGGCGUGGCCGGCUGAGCGGGCACGGGGAUUUGUCGCUGAAGGAGCCGCCCGCAUCCGCGCUGCCUGAGCGAGGAGGCGUCGCCGACUCCGCCUGGGAGGAUGCCACAGUGGCCCGGGAUCUGGGCUGCAGUAUGGAGGCGGCUGCCGAGCUGAGGGCAAUUUGCGGCCUUGAUAAACUGAAGUGCCUCGAAGAAGAGGAGGACCCGGAAGUCAUCCCAGAGAAUACUGACUUAGUGACUUUGGGGGUUAGAAAGAGGCUUUUGGAACAUCGAGAAGAAACAAUAACUAUAGAUCGAGUCUGCAGACAAGAAACAUUUGCAUACGAGAUGGAGUCACGUGCUGUGGGGAAAAAGCCUGAAAAUGCAGCAGACAUGAUAGAAGAAGGGGAACUUAUCCUGUCUGUGAAUAUCUUGUACCCUGUUAUAUUUCAUAAGCACAAGGAACACAAACCAUACCAGACAAUGCUGGUAUUGGGCAGUCAGAAGCUCACGGAACUAAGGGAUUCAAUUUGCUGUGUCAGUGACCUCCAGAUUGGUGGGGAGUUCAGCAAUACUCCUGACCAAGCCCCUGAGCACAUCAGCAAAGACCUAUACAAAUCAGCCUUCUUUUAUUUUGAAGGAACAUUUUACAAUGAUAAAAGAUACCCUGAGUGCAGAGAUUUGAGCAGAACGAUCAUUGAGUGGUCGGAGUCCCAUGACAGAGGCUACGGAAAGUUUCAGGCUGCGAAAAUGGAAGACUUCUCCUUCAAUGACUUAAAUAUUAAACUGGGUGUUCCUUACCUAUACUGUCACCAGGGAGACUGUGAACAUGUGAUUGUUGUUACUGACAUAAGGCUUGUGCAUUGUGAUGACUGCUUGGAUAGGAAACUUUAUCCCCUUCUUAUCAAGAAGCAUUGGCUAUGGACCAGAAAAUGUUUUGUCUGUAAAAUGUACACAGCUAGAUGGGUGACGAACAAUGACAGUUUUGCACCAGAUGACCCGUGUUUCUUUUGUGAUGUUUGCUUCCGAAUGCUCCACUAUGAUUCAGAAGGCAACAAACUGGGGGAAUUCCUCGCUUAUCCUUAUGUUGAUCCUGGAACCUUUAAUUAAUAGCAGAAAAUGUGUUCUUUUAGGAACAGGACCAACGUGCAACAAUCAGCUAAAGUUACCCCCAUGCCCCUCACAGAGUUCAAAUUAGAAAUUUCCUUACAAAGUAACUUGAUUGUAUUUAAAUGCUUAGAAAUAUCUUUUAGUAUUUAUUACAAAGUAUAGUUCUCAGCGGCUUUUCGCCCAUUUUCAAAUCUGUUUAUCUUACUGAGUUGUAGGCAGGCUUUAUAUAUUUUGAAUACAAAUCCUUUGUCAGAUAUAUGUAUUGAUUUUCUCCUAGUCUGUGGCUUGCCUGGUCAUUGGGUUCAAUUAAUGAUUGGAAGUGGUGGAAGUACUUUGAAAAUUCUUUGAAAAUGAGAAAUAAACAUGAGAUCUUGGGUAUAUACGCAUAGCUUCACAGAAGUAGCAUUUGAAUUGAAGCUUCAUUUUUUAAAAAGAUUUUAUUUUUGGAGAGAGAACGAGAGGGAGAGGAACAUCAGUAUGUGUUUGCUUGUCCUCUCAUGUGCCCCCCACUGGGGACCUGGCCCACAAACCAGGCAUUUGCCCUCACUGGGAAUCGAACUGAUGACCCUUUGGUUUGCAGGCUGGUGCUCAAUCCACUGAGCCACAUCAGCCAGAGCUGAAGCUUCAUUUCUUGACAAGUUUUGGUGAGUCACGAAUGCUAAGUUUAAAAUGUACGUAAGUUUAGUAUUUUUGUAAUCUCAUGUAAUAUGACAACUGGGACAUGGGAAUUCAAUAUCCUAUGGAUUAUUAGCUCUGGUUCACUUAUUCCUGGACAGUAAUACCCAGUAUUCUGUGUGCAAAAAGAAAAGUUUUUCUGGAUCAAUUCCUCAUUCUUUCAGGCCCCUUACUAUAAUUUUCUUCUCUCAUUCUGGGCCAUAGGGGCAAGUGUGAUAAAUUCCAAGGUUUAGUAGAUCAUCAGGGAAAAUUGUAGCUACAGUAUCUACUUGGAAAUGUUUUGGGGAAUAUUUUUGUGUGUGUGGAAAAUUAAACUGUCAUUUAAAAUUUCGCUUUCUUCUAGGUUACAUUUAUAAAUUCAACUGAAUUCCAAACUGCCUGGAUGGGUAAGAACAGACAUUUACCAUAUAAAUCAAAAACUGAUGAAGCCUAUAAAAGCUUAUAUGUUUAAAAUGUUGACAUUAAAUGUUUUAUGGACUUAAAUUCCACAUUUAAGGAGUUCAAUUAAGAACCCCUUUCUAGUAUAUCUAGCAGUGUUCUUACUCACUGAUUCAGUCAAUAUGCAAGAGGAUCAACGUAAAUAAGUUGUCCCAACAUGGAUGGUUACUGCCUAAAAUUUUACUUUAUUUCCAAUGAUGAUUUAAAAUUCUUUUGGAAACCAGAUUUACCCAAUUUAAGUUCUCAGGUAAAAAAUUAUUUUUAAACUGUAUUCCUUACAGCUUCUACUUUAUAUACAGGGGUCUUUUUUUUUUUUUUACUUUUAUUCUAAAACAAAAAUUCUAGAAAGUGAAUUAUAACAGAAGCAUUAAUCCAUGUGUGGUGCCAGUCAGUUUAUUUUAGUGGAUAAAGACGGUCAGUUAAUAUUGAAUUCUUGUUUUAUCGUUUUAGAAUGUUCUCCUGACGGUUCUUAAAGUGAACCUUUUCACCAAUGUUACAAGCCUCAGGUAUCUAUUAUCAUUUCCUGGUAAAAUCUAAAAGGCUAACCUAACCAGAUCACUUCAAGAAUUUGCCAAUGCAUUGUGUAUCAGAUACACAGGUCUCACACCAAAAGAAAUUCUCGGCUUCCAAACAGGCACAAAGGUAUCUUGUAUCAGGGAUUUUAUAGCUACAAAUUGCAACAUUAAACAGCACAUGAGUGAGGUUACAUAUUUUAUCUAAAGAAAAGCAAAUAUGAAGACAUGAACUUGAAUUAAUCAGUAUCCUCUAUUUAGAAAUGAAUCAGACUUUAAUAUAUAGAGUCAUGCACAAAAUCACAGUCUAGAAAAGCAGUGCCUGUUUCCUGAAACAUCUUUUUCAGGCUUCAUUACCUUUUAAGGGUAAUUAAGCCUUUCUCCCAAUCACAUCACAAUGUCUUUAGCAAUCUCUAAGGCUGGAGAAUUGCACAGCACAGAUUUGAAUACAUUUCUGCCUAUUUAGCAGGUUCUUAAGGUAUAAACAUGGGCCAGUGUAACAAAGUUGCUAGUGAAACCUUCAGAGCCCUGUAAAAGCCAUUGGUCUUGUAUGGGCCGCCUCAUCUUGACCCAGCAUCUUCAACCAGGUAAGUGUAUGUGUAUACUACAAUCAAUUUGUUGUCCUACUAUCUGAAAACCACACAACAUAAUAGCAAUUAUAAGGCUUAAAGUACUCCGAGCUGUUUACACACAGAAAGUCCGAUUUAGAUUCUCUGAUUCAGAUGGUACUCCUAUAAUUUCUCCAAAGGGGCUAAGAAAACCUUCAACAGUUGAUUCUGCUGAGUCAUGCAUAACUUACUUUUUUGAAACAUCCAAUGUAAAACAUUAUCCAGUAGUCUAAAAAGCAGCAAUGAAAUAGGUGGUGUGUACACACUUUUUUUUUAGUGUGGGUUUGAAGGCCGAGGCAGUGGUCUUACACUCUCAUUUAAUUAUCUCUAGAACAACUUGUACAGUUUUGGAGUUUUAACCAAAUACACAUUUAAGUUCAGCCAGUGCUUCUGAACAUUCUUGAUGAUUAUUUAUAUGAUUUUCAAGAGGGUUUUGUGCAUUAGUGACAAAGAGAAAUGUCUUGAAAUGAGGGUUAGAGAAGGCACCUUGUGUUUUAAUGCCACAUAAUCAGAACAUUCUGUGAUUCUUCGUAAGCUGUGUAGGUCUGUUGGGUCACAGAAGGGAGAAUGGAUCAAAAAUAACAUUUCCUUUAUUUUUAUCAGUUUGAGCUUAUUAGUUUCCUAGUCUCUCCAAACAACACAAUCUCUAUUACUCCCCCUUGGCAGCCAAUCCAGAAUUCCAACACAUUUUUGUAAAUAGCAAAGAAGUAAUUUACUAGUAACAGUUUGAUUAAAAAAUUCUUUAAUCAAAACAAGUUUACAUGUUGACACUUACAGCUUAACAAGAAUAAUGUGUCCAAAUUUUAGUUGUCCUAAGGACCAAACAGAUACAAUGGGAAGAGUGGCCUCCAAACACUAAGUCCUAGGUUCCAUUGUAAGACCUCUCAAAAUUAAAAUUCACUUUCCAUCUAUUGAUGAAAACAAAAUUAUCUGAGGUCAGAACAUACAGUCUAUGCCACAUGCAAACACUUGAGUAUUUAUUAAAAGCCUUUUUCCUGUACUCAUAGUUUCAAGACAAACCGUCUUAGCUACAAAAACCACCAACUGACCUAAUUAUAUGAUCUGAGAAAUACUUUGUUACAGUUAGCCUUAACUCUUGUGUUAACCUUGGGCCACUCAGAUUUAGCAGACUAUUCAAACCAUUCCUUUGCCUGCUGCCUCAGAGAAAGGUAAUGUUUCUACUUUUUGCAAUCCUGUCAAGUGUACAAUGCAGAAAUAAAAAUUCCCUUCUGAUAUAGCCAUGUUUUUAAAUAGGCUAGUUUCCUUAUAUAGUACUUUUAUUUACUUAAUAAACAUCAUGGGUUGCUUUCCAAUUAAAAAAAUACUACUUGCUAACUUUAAGUGAGUGUGACUUUUUUAAAAAAUUCCGAAAUGUCCCAAAAAUAAACUUUUAUCACUUAGCUUUCAAUUUUAGCUACUUGUACCUAUAAAGGACCUUAGACUGGCUGAACCUGUAGGGCCAGAUUCAUUCCUAUGUACACCAGUUCUGCUAUCCGCAAAAAAGUCCUGUGACUGCUGAAUUCCCAGCUACAGAAUUCAAUUAGUUUCUAAAGUUAACAUAAGUUUUGUACCAUGUAGAAUUGUCAGUUCAAUGUCAGUUGGGCAUCUAGUUGUCAUACAAAAUGGCAUACAGACCACAUACAUUAUUACAAAGCAGCAGGAUAAUGUAGCACAAUGUAGACUGAGGUUAAUUUUAAGUAGAAGGGAAUAAUUUUAUAGAAGUAACAUUUUGUCUACCAUAAAAAUGUCUAACUUCUACAAAAACCACAGUGAAAAGACAGUCUGGUAAAUCCAAGAUUUGUAAAAACUGCACAAAAUCCACAAUAUUUGGGGAAGAGUGAAGGUUUUAUACAAGUAGCAGUUUUAAAAAUGUAACUUUACUAUCACUUACACAUUAACAUACACACACAAAUUGAAAAUAUGCUACAACCAAUGUCUUGAAAAGCAGUUCCAAGAUUUCCGAUCUCCCCUCACAUUUACUGUUUAUGUAGCUGUUAAUACUGCACAAGUACACUUAACCAGUAUUUAAUUAUUUUUAAACAAAGAUAAAGGGAUUUUCCCCCUCAAAACAAGUUUUAAACAUCAAAACCUAUUAUUAUAAAAAUUUAAAACUUUCAACAGUCUAAAUAUCUCAAAUGAAAACCAUUACAAACUUCGUAAAUGUUCUUUAUAUUCCAGCAUGUCAACUUAGUUAUCUAGCGUAGAAUCCUUCAGAGAUAUUUCGGUCUCUCUCUCUUCACUGGAUGGCCUAUAGAAAAGUGGGGGGGGAAGAGGUGUGACAACUGGGGUUAGGGGACAUUUUUCCUCAAGAGAAAAAAAAGGUAUUAAUGUGUGCAUUGUUUUUUAAAUCACCCAAAUAUUUAGUUGUUUUUUUGGUUGAAAAUUCAUUUUACUGUUCUAUUGACUUUGCCAAACAUGCUGAUCAAGCACAGCAACUCAGGCAGUAUGUUGGCUCAGGCCCUUUCCAUCAUUUCCAGCUUUUAAAUGAAUUCUGUUGAAAAAACUUUAUUUACUUAUUUUUAGAAAGAGGGGAAGGGAGAGAAAGAGGAAGACAAACAUCAAUUGGUUGCCCCUCUUGUUGCCCUAACCAGGGACCUGGCCCACAGAACCCACGCUUGUGUUCUGACUGGGAAAUCAAACCAGGGACCUUCAAGUUCAUAGGCUGGCACAACCCACUGACCCACACCAGCCAGAGCUAGCAGGAAUUCUCUUUAAAAAAUUGAAAAUGUUAAUGCCUGUGAUACCAGCAUUAUUAUAAUCUAAAUGAAAAGAAGGGAUGAUACACAUCAUGCAGGAUUUCCCUAAAUUUCGGAAUUAGAAGGGAUGCCUGAUUUCAAGGCUUAAUAUAUUAAUAUACAGUGGAGGAAACCAAGGCUUGGAUAACCAUGGUUCCAUAUCUAGAACAGGUAUCGUAAUACAAAAUAGCCUGAGAUCCCAGAUCUCAUUUUUAUUAUCCUGUCACAAUUCAAUAAAGUGUGAACAUGAGUGAUAUUGGUCCAAGGAAGAAGUUAAUUUUUAAAAACUGGAUUCAGGCCAGCUCUCUAACCUUGAACACAGGCAAAUCAGUUGUAAAUAAUUGUUUUACAUUUUUGCCUUUUGAAUUUGCAUCUUGUUUCCUGGAUUCAGGAACAGGGUGGUCAAAAUAUAAUCCCUUAUAUUUGAACCUUGAGAUGACAACAUGAUUUAAAAAUCAAACACACACAUUACGACCCACUGAAACACAUCCUCACUUUUUCUUGCUGCUGGCCUCAUCUUUGCUGUCUUCAUUGCUGUCUCCAUUGUGUUGGGCUUGAUUACUGUCUUGAUCAGAGCCUCCAUUUAGAGUUUUUGAACCUUUACAAGGAUUCCAAUGGAAAAAACUGUUAGAGCUUCUAAUACUUGUGAACAUGUCCUCUAGAGUUCAAAAUAUACAACAUGAAAUUUAUAAUAAUGUAUUUUAUUUGUAAACCUUGGGGUAGCUGGAGCACAUACUUUAAGAAGCAAGGUUGCUAUGUAUAUUUGUGGGUACAGGAAGUAGAUCAUUAUUUUGAUCAUUCCAUUUAUUACUAUUAUCAGAAACAGGGUGGUACAACUGUUUGGAGCAUUAUCAUUCAUUUUAUUUCUCAGAAAAAUGUGAAUCACAGUAAAAUCUUGUACAUGUCAUUUUGUACAUGGUAUUUUAGAAAGUGUAAAAAAAGUAUUUCUUAAUUACCAUGAUUUUGUGCCCUGUUAUUAAGCAAACAAUGAGAGCCUCCAUGUAAAUCUUUUUAAGAAGAAUCUCCUCAUUGACAUGAAAUAAAGGAAGGGGGAGAUGAUCAUGGGGAGGGGGAUGAAGAGAAGAAAAAUGGGACAACUGUAACAGUGUGAUCGAUAAAAUCUGUGUUAAAAAUCUCUUAAGGACACAUAUAUGACAUUCCCUAAUACAUGAGCUAAAAAAAUCCAA